AUGGGCAUUGCUAGAAAGAUUAGGAAAGAAUAUAGCAAGGCCCAACAGAUUGUGGAGCAGGCCACUUCUUCCAUUCGCACCGUUUAUUCCUUCGUCGGGGAGAAGAAAACAUUCUCGGAAUAUUCCGUUGCUCUCCGGCCAACGGUUCAACUAGGAAUCCGGCAAGGUAUAGCAAAAGGUUUGGCCGUCGGUAGUUCUUCCAUUGGGUUGGCACUUUGGUCUUUCAUAGCUUAUUAUGGUAGCAGACUUGUUAUGUACCACGGUGCUAAAGGAGGGACUAUCUAUGCUGUUGCCGCGGCCCUCACUCUUGGAAACAUCUCGAAGGGUGCGAGGAAUUCAUCGUCUUUUCGGAAAUCAUCUUGUCCUGAUUCCUCCGUGGUUCCAUCCAGUUCAGAAGAUCAUCAAAUUGGCGGUAAUAAACCAUCAUUGAAAAGACUGUUUGCCAUGAAUUUGCCAGAAUGGAGACAAGCGCUAUUAGGGUGUGUAAGUGCUAUACUGUGUGGCGCUGUCCAACCAUCAUUUGCAUAUACAAUGGGAACAACAAUGUCGGCAUUUUUCUUGACGGAUCAUGGAGAGAUCAAGAGGAAGACAAGAAUAUAUUCAUUUGUUUUCUUGGGGUUGGCUUUGCUGUCACUCUUGAUCAAUGUAAGCCAGCAUUAUAACUUUGCAGCAAUGGGUGAAUACUUGACUCAAAGGGUUAGAGAAAGAAUGCUUUCGAAAAUCCUUACUUUUGAAAUCGGAUGGUUUGAUGAGGAAGGAAAUGCAACUGGAGUUAUAUGCUCAAGACUAGCCAGGGAUGCCAAUGUGGUGAGAUCUUUAGUAGGUGAUCGAAUGUCACUCUUGGUGCAAGCGAUUUCAUCAGUGACCAUUGCUUGCACGAUCGGCCUAAUCAUUUCAUGGAGAUUAGCACUGGCAAUGAUGGCCAUUCAGCCACUUGUGGUUGGAAUUUUUUACUCCAAGCAUACGCUUCUCAAAACCAUGUCCAAGAAAGCCACUGAAUCCCAAAACACAAGCAGCAAGAUUGCAGCUGAAGCGGUAUCAAAUGUUCGUACCGUUGCCGCCUUUAACUCCCAACCUCAGAUGCUCCAGAUGCUCAAGAAAGCCCAACAAGGAUCAAAAGGAGAAAGUAUUCGACAAUCUUGGCUCGCUGGGAUUGGUCUCGGGGUGUCGAAUUGCUUGCUGUUAUUAGUUUGGCCUUUUGCCUUUUGGUUUGGUGGUAGGAACAAUGACAAAUGA